AUGUACAUUAAAGAGAUUUGUAUUCACAAUUUUCGUAGUUAUAAGGAUAAAACUGUAAUCAAUGAUUUGUCAAAAAGGCAUAAUGUUGUUGUUGGAAGAAACGGUUCUGGAAAAAGUAAUUUUUUCUUUGCCAUACAAUUUCUAUUAAGUGAUGAUUUUGCUAAUCUUUCUCAGGAUGCCAGAUUGAAUUUGCUUCAUGAAGGAGCUGGUGAAAAAGUUAGAAGUGCACGAGUUGAUAUUGUUUUUGACAAUUCUGAUAGAAGAAUAAUGAGUUAUGAUAUUAAUGAUCUUAAAAUUUCAAGAGAAAUUUCUGAAAGAAAAGAUACAUUUUACAUUGAUGGAAAGAUUGUUUCAAGAUCUGAAAUUGUAAAUUUAAUGGAAUCUGCUGGUUUUUCUAAAUCUAAUCCUUAUUAUAUUGUUAAACAAGGUAAGAUUAUGGAAUUAGCAACGUCUACAGAUGCUCAGAGAUUAGCAUUAAUUAAAGAAGUUGCUGGAACGCGUGUUUAUGAUGAAAAAAAACAAGAUAGUGCUAAAUUAUUAAAAGAAAAUAUGGAUAAGUUGGAAAAAAUUGAAGAAACAAUUGAAUUUAUCAAUGAAAGAUUAAAAACAUUAGAAGAAGAAUCAAAUGAUUUACGAGAAUAUCAAAAAUAUGAUAAAAUGAAAAGAGCACUUGAGUAUACAAUUUAUGAGCAAGAAGCAACUGAUUCUCGAAGGAAGUUAGAUAAUUUAUCUCAUGAAAGAGAAGAAUUAAAUUCUCAACAAAAUGAAAUUGAAUCAUCUCUUCUUCAAUAUAAACAACAGUCAAUGAAAAGGGAAACAGAUUUAAGGCGCCUUGAAGCAACUUUUAAAGGUGUUAAAGAAGAGAGGGAAGUUUUGUUAGAGGAACAAAAUGUUUUAGUUGAAAAGAAGACUAAUUUGGAAUUGUGUAUUGCUGAUCUUCGUGAAGAAGCUGAUAGAGAAAGAAAAAAUCGUGCUAGAGCAGAAGAGGAAAUGUCUACUGUUGGUAGAAUAAUUAAUGAUAGAGAAUUAGAGUUAGAAGAACUAGAGCCUUCAUACAAGGAUGUUGUUGAAAGAGAAAAUAAUCUUUUAACUGAUAUAAAAAUUUGCGAGCAAAAAAGAAAAGAUCUUUACAUUCGUCAGGGACAACAAGAUCAAUUUAGAACUACAGAAGAUCGUGACAAUUAUUUAAGAAGAGAAUGUAAAAAAAUGGAUAGAUAUCUUUCAGAAUUACGUGAAAGAGUUGCUGAAAGUGAGGGAUCUAUUGAACAGGAUAAGAAAGAAACUGAAGAAAUUCAAAAAGAUAUUAUGAGUUUAAAGUUAAAACUUGACAGAGUUAUGGAUAGAAUGGAUAGAUUAUCAGGUGAUCAAAAUCAGGCUAAAGCACAUCUUGAAAAAUGCACUAUUCGUCAAGGUGAAAUUCAACGAGAGGAGAAAAAUUGGCAUGAAAGUAUGAUGAAUUUAAAUCAAGAAAAAGGUCAAGUUGAGACAGAUAUUAGACGAAUGAUUCCUCCUUCUUUAAUGCAUGGAAUGAAUUCAAUUAGUAAAGCAGUUACGUAUUUUAAAGAAAAUAAUAAAAAUGGAAAAUACGAUUAUGUUAUUAAUGGAUAUUAUGGGCCAUUAAUAGAUCUCAUUGAUGCUGAUGAUAUUUUUUAUCAUGCUAUUGAAGCCACUGCUGGUAACAGUAUUUAUUAUAGUGUUGUUGAGGAUGAUCGAAUUGCUUCAGAAAUAACAUCCUACAUAAACUCAAAAAAUUUACCUGGCGAAUGUAAUUUUUGUCCAUUGAACCGUAUAGUCGCUAAACCAAGAAAAUUAGUUACUGAUUCUGAUGCUAAACACAUUAUGGAUUGUAUGAAGUAUGAUCCAAAAUUUGACACAAUCAUAAGAAGUUUUUUUGGCCAAACAGCUGUUGUUGGUUCAUUAGAUGUCGGUGGUAGAGUUUCAAAAACUGAUCAUGUCAAUUGUGUCACUCUUGAUGGUGAUAAAAUAUCACGAAGGGGCCCUUUAACUGGUGGUUAUAGAGAAAUGAAACGAUCUAAACUUGAACUUAAUAGUGUUUUACGUCAAUUAAAUGGAAAUGAAAUAGAUAUGAAGAAACGUUCUGAUGAAAUAAGUAAACGUGCUAAUGAUGCAUCAAUUGGUACAGCUCAAGCAGCACAAGCUCUUGAAAAUAUUACUGAAGAAAUAAAAAGACUUCGUCGAGAACAUCAUUUAUGCAAUGAAGAGUUGUCUCAUAAGACUGAAGCUCUUAAUAGAAUGGGAAUGAAUAUUGAACCACAAAGACAACAUCUUCAGACACACAAAAACAAAAUUCGUGAAAUUGAGGCAAAGAAAGAAAUACUUCAGAAUCAAAUUGGUACACCACUUCAUUCAACAUUAACAGAUGAAGAACAAACUAUACUGGAAAUUUUAGAGAAAGAUAUGAAAAUAAAAAAGGAAAAAUUAGAUGGAAUUGUUAGUGAGCGUUCUGUUAUUGAAUCAAAAAAACAUAAAAUUGAAAAUGAACUUCAAAAUUAUCUUAGAAGGAGACGUGAAAAAUUACGAUGUGAAUUACAAGACAUAUCAAUGGAAGAUAAAAAACAUAAACUUUCCUCAACGAAUUCAGAAUUAAAAUCAACUAAUGAAAGACUAUCUAACAUUAUGGAGAAAAUAAAUGAUAUUGAUACAAGUCUUAUUGAUUAUAAAAUUCAAAAAGAUAAUCUUAUUAAAGCUAAAGAAGAACAACAAGAAAAAAUAAAAGUAUUGGAGAAUCAAUUAAAUGAUGUUGGUAAACGUGCUGAUGUUGUAUGUACUAAACUAGCAACAAUUAGAGCUACAAAUGAAGAGGUAACCAAGAAGAUGGCUGAACUUGGAACAUUGCCACAAGAUGCAUUUAAGAAAUUCCAGAAUUUAUCAAGGAAAAAACUUGAUGAAAAAUUAACAGAAUGUCUUGUAGAACUUAAAAAAUAUUCAAAUGUUAACAAACGUGCUUUAGAUCAAUUUUUACGUGCUUCUCAACAAAAAGAAGACCUUGUCAAGAGAGUUCAAGAACAAAAGAAAAGUAAAAAAGCUAUUGAAAAUUUAAUAGAAGUUUUAGAUAAUAGAAAGAAUGAAGCAUUAAAUAUGACAUUUAAAAUGGUAACAAAACAUUUCCAUACAGUUUUCCAACAAUUAAUACCUGAAGGUAAGGCUGAUUUAAUUUUAAAGUUAAAAGAUGAUGAUGGACCUGUACCAGAUGGAAAUGAGCUAAUAUCAGUGGACCGAUUUGCUGGUGUUAAAAUAAAAUGUACAUUUCGUGGUGAUGCUGAAAGUGUUGAGAUGAAUCAUUUGUCUGGUGGACAAAAAACGUUAAUUGCUCUUGCACUUAUUUUUGCCAUUCAAAAGUGUGAUCCCGCGCCAUUUUAUUUGUUUGAUGAAAUUGACGCUGCUUUAGAUGCUGCACAUAGAAGUAGUGUUGCUAAUAUGAUUCAUGAGUUAUCAGAAAAUGCUCAAUUUAUUACAACGACAUUUAGACCGCAAUUACUUGAAAAUGCUGAAAAAUAUUAUGGUGUUCGGUUUAGAAAUCGUGUUUCUCACAUUGAUCCAGUAACUAAGGAACAAGCAUAUGAUUUUAUUAUUGAUGCUGAAAAAAGAAAUUAA